AUGAAUGUACCACAUGUAUCAUCAACCACAUCACCUAAAGCAUCCCUUCCUACAACAGCAACAACCACAGCUUCCAAAUUUCAAGAAGAAAAUUCAGAGCAACAACUACCAUCCGACAAACCUCUCGCAUCACAUCCCUAUUUCACUAAUCAUCCACGACUAGCUCAGCAACCCCAACAUCAACAAACUAGAACAAAAUCUCCCCACAACACUCGCAAUAAUUCUACUGCUGUCACUACCAUGUCUAACAAGCCCAAAUCAAUGAACCACCAAAAACCAACCCCUACCACAACAUUACACAACUAA